GCCUCGUGUUAUCGCUCGCCUUACCUCCGACUGAUGGCGCAUUCCGCCCUUCAUGGUGACUCGGGGGCCUGGAACGGAGAGCUAAUGUUUGUUGACAAGCAAGCCCAAGUUGUGCUAAUUAAGGAGCUUCACUCUCAACGUCUCAUCCGAGAGCUGUGUUACAAGACCCGUUGUUUCUCUCCGGAUCUCGCUAGAUGCCUAACUACUAUUGGAAAGAAUUCAAAGCUUAAACAAAGUCUUUGAUUCGCGGGACCCCGCUUUGUCAUUUGACCGUUUACCUCCACGUUGUUGCAGCCCCAGCUUUGUGUUCUGGAUACUCUGUCUAUUCAGUUAAGAUCUGCAAUAAAUGGCCUCUACGCAAGCUAAGUCUCUGGGCGGUAAAGUCGCUAUUGUGACUGGCGGUUCUAGAGGAAUCGGUGCUGCUAUUGCUCUUGAGCUAGCCAGUAGAGGCGCAAACGUUGUCGUCACCUACGUCUCGGAAAAGAGCGAGAGUAUUGCGCAAGAUGUAGUGAGCAGUAUCAAAGCCUUGGACAACGGAGCGGAUGCCAUCGCAGUUCAAGCCGACAUCUCCUCGCCCGACUCUCCCACGCAGAUCGUCGAGGCCGCCGUCAAAGUGUUCGGAGAACACAUCGACAUCCUCGUAAACAACGCUGGUAUAACGUCCAAACUACCAGUCUCAGCCGUCACGCCAGCCGACUUCCAAGAAAGCAUCGACGUCAACCUCAAAGGGCCCUUCUUCAUGUCCCAAGCCGUCAUACCGCGCCUCCGCCGGCCAGGACGCAUCAUCAACAUCACUUCCGUCGCGGCACGUGGCGGCUACGCCUCCGCGAGUCUCUACCUAGCUUCCAAGGCUGGGCUAGAGGGCCUCACGCGUGCCCUGGCCGCGGAGCUGGGCCCGGCGGGACACACUGUCAAUGCAGUUGAGCCUGGUGUCACGGAGACGGAUAUGGCGCGCGAGUCGGGGGCGUCUGAGGCGCACGGGGAGCAUGUCAAGAUGAUUGUGGCCAUGACGCCUUUUGAGAAUCGGAUGGGGAGACCGGAGGAUGUGGCGUCUGUUGUUGCAAUGCUUGCUGAAGAGCAAGCGAAUUGGGUUACUGGGCAAACUAUCUCCGCUUCUGGGGGGUUCUCAAUGUUGUAGCAAAGCUAGACGUAGACAACUGCUCUUCAUAACUUUCUCUGACGUUUUGAGGCAUUCUCUGUAGUUUUACUGUGCCG